AUGGUCCGUAGUCCUCAAUGGGAAUCGUGCAAGUGUUACUUCGCCAAGCUGGGCAGCGAGGUGUCCCCAUACGGCCCACUUUGGGACGCGCCGCCGGCACCCGUGCCUUACCCGGACAUCCUGGCAUUCCCACCAGCCGAUCUCGUAUGGUCGGCAGCCGGUUGCGGCGGGCGCGCCGGCUCGCGCGCUCCCCCUGGCGGCAAGAAGCCGCGCCGCCGCGUCGCGUCCGUUGCGCAACGUCGCGCAGCAAACAUACUCUUAACAACAGUUACGCCAGCUUUGAAAGAUGAAUCCAGACCGAAGAGGGACAUCGCGUUAAUUAAGAAUUUCAUCAUGAGAAAACUAUUUCACGGCGGUGAAGUACAGAACACUGUGUCUCAACCAAACUAUAGACUGUUUAGAAUUCCCGGUUUUGAUAAUAUAUUAGUAAAGGCUAUUCCUAAAGGCAAUAUUGCUGCAAACGCAUCGUCUGUAAUUGAAUCGGAUAUAGAAGAGCAUCCAUCAAUAGCGUUAGUCAAGUCCUAUUUAGGUACCAAGUCGCUCGGUGAAACUCUUUCAGCAUUGGAAGGUACGAAAACUUUACUUCAAUCAGGAAUAUUAAAAGCUCGAGAGGCAACCGACGUUUCAUAUAAUACAUAUCGUGUACCAGUAAAUAUAUCACCAACUUUAACUGAAACAUUUGAAGUAAUUGACCUGGAUGAUGAACAAUCAGAUUGCAAAGUUCCAUCAUUACAACAACGUGUGCCCAUACCUUACGCAUCAACAUUAGGAAAUAUGUAUAAGCCUGCAAGGAUUCCUAUACCAGAUUUGGCGUAUCCAACAAAGUAUUCGUAUAAACAAAUACAUGGCGAUGGCGUUACUAGUUACACAUCUAAAGAUAAUAAGAAUGUUAUAGUUACUGAAAGUAAGAAUCCGGUACAUUUACCUGGUUAUUUAAGAAGUAGAUUGCAGGAAGUUCUCUCAACGGGUCCUAUACCUCUAAAUGCAGUGCAUUAUAUGCAUUCUUUCAAACCACCAGUUUACAAUAUUCCGGUUAAACAUUUACAUCAAGAUGGUUCAGUCACUACAUAUUCUGGAUCGAGUUCAUUAGAAGAGAGUCAAAAUCAAAAAGAAUCUUUGACAGGACAAGCUAUGAGUUAUCAAUCUUCUGUAUCGUUUAAUCCCUAUGAUCCAUCGAAAUUAAUAGUGUCUCCUCAUAUGCCCCUACAGUCUGCGUUUGUACCAACUGAUUAUUAUUAUAAACAAAUGCACGAAAAUGGUUCGGUUACUACAUACUCUGGAUCAGAUGCAGUUGAAAAGAGAAAAAAUCAAAACCCAUUUUUGACAGGUCAGGCCAUGAGUUAUCAAUCUUCACUGUCAUUUAAUCCCUAUGACACACCAAAAUUAAUGGGUACUUCUCAUAUACCCAUGCAGCCUGCAAUUGUACCAACUGAUUAUUCUUAUAAGCAUUUACACAAAGAUGGUUCGAUCACUACAUACUCUGAAUCAGGUGCUGUAGAAGAGCCAAAAAAUCAAAACCAGUUUUUGACCGGUCAGGCCAUGAGUUAUCAAUCUUCAGUGAUGUUUAAUCCCCAUGAUCCACCAAAAAUAAAGGGUGAUUCUCAUAUACCCACGCAUCCUGUAUUUGUACCAAAUGAUUAUUCUUAUAAACAUUUACACAAAGAUGGUUCAGUAACUACAUACUCUGGAGGAGGUGCAGUAGAAGACAUUAAGAGUCAAAAAGAAUCUUUGCCUGUACAGGCCUCGAGUUAUCAAUCAUCACUGUUGUAUAAUCCCUAUGACGCACCAAAAUCAAUAGUUGCUCCUCAUGUACUAACUGAUUAUUCUUAUAAUCAUUUACACAAAGAUGGUUCGGUCAUUACAUACCCUGUAUUAGGGGAAGUAGAAAAGAGUAAGAACCAAAAAGAUUCUUUUCCAGUUCAGGCAAUGACUUAUCAAUCAUCACUAUUGUAUAAUCCCUAUGUCCCACCCAAUUUAAUAGUUGCUCCUCAUUUGCCCAUCCAGUCUGCACUUGUACCAACUGAUUAUUCUUACAAACAUUUACAUCAAAACGGUUCAGUCACUACAUAUUCAGGAUCAGGUGCAGUAGAAGAAAGUAAGAAUCCGAAGUCAGUUAGUUACCAAUCUUCACUAUUGUUCAAUCACCCAGACACGCCAAAAUUAAUAGUUGAUCCACACAUACCUGCGCAGCCCGAAUUUGUACCAACUGAUUAUUCUUACAAACAUUUACACCAAGAUGGUUCGGUUACCACAUAUUCUGGAUCAGGUGACGUAGAAGAGAGUAAGAAUCAAAAGUCAUCUUUUCCAGUUCAGCCCUUUAGUCAUCAACCUUCGUCAGUGGUUAAUAUUCAUGAACCACACAAAUUAAUAGUCGCUCCUCAUGUACCUGUGCAACCAGUAUUUGUUCCUAUUGAUGACGCUAGACCAGGAAAUAAACCCGCUAUUCAUGUUACAAGUUUUGAAACUUCACCAUUUGUCAAUAUUUAUGAUGCACCUUAUGUUACAACAAAUACCAGUAAUUAUAUGUCACCAAAAGUCUCGGCGAAACCUACUGAUUAUUCAUAUAAACAUGUGCAUAAUGAUGGUGUUGUAACGAUAUAUAAUGGCGCGGAUGUGGUUGAAAAUAGUAAUGGUAAACCUUAUGUAAUAGUGAAUGAGGUCAGGAGACCUAUUCCCUUACCAAGUUUUCCUGCAAAUGUUCCAGAAGCAAUAUAUAGAGAUACUUCACCAAUGGUGGUUGAAAAGGCAGUAUAUGGUCCACCUUUACCGGUAUAUAAGGAACAAUAUCCAAUUUUAUUCGAACAUAUACCAGGGCCUAAUGCGAAUCCAUUAAAUCCGUUUUCGAGCGACGAAAUAAAAAAAGAAUAUAACAGUAAUAGCCCAUUAGAACAUUUUUAUCAAAAAAUUCAUAAGGGUGAUACUUCUGUUAAUUUUGAGUCUGGUUUCCAUACCAAUGAGAGUGAUGAAGAAAAAGCAACUGAGACUAUGAAAGAUAAUCAUCAAAGCGAUCACUAUAAUUCUGUCUAUUUAACCAGCCGCAACGCGAUUGAUAAAGUUUUGAAUAAUAGUCAAAACAAUACUCAGGUAAAGGAUGAUUCUUCCCAAACAGGUGUAUUUUCUUACACAACUGUACACAGUGAUGGAUCAAAGACACCUUAUUUCGACUCUGGAAAAGAAGAAGAGGACAAAACUGAGGAUAUUAAAAAAUCACCGGCGUCAGAAAAAAAACCUCUUUCAGUCAUAAUUAAUCGUGAAUCAGAUAAAUCGCAAGAAGUGUCUUCCCGCAAGCCUGUUCGCAAAUAUCGGAAACGUGUUAAUCAUCGCACGACACGUCGCCCAACAACAAUCGGAAGUGAAGAUGCAAAUAAAAAGUAUGCACCACUGAAUGAGAAGGAGGACAUAACAAAUAACAAUCAUAUUAUAUCAGUUAAUAAAAAAUCUGAAAGUAGUAUAGUUUCUAAAAAAAGGGUUAAUAAAUUUUCGACAAUAAAACCAUCUAUGUCAACAUCUACUGAAUUAGAACCAGAAAAGUCCGUCACUAGAGUUUCAUUCAAACAAACUACAAAUCAUGGAGUUCAUACUAACAAAAAUGGAGCUGUUGAUAUUAAAACUGAAACGCCAUUAUCAUAUAAUAAAGAUAGCUCAGAUGUCUUUACAGAUUACUAUACGACAGAUGCCACCCUGUCAUCCAGUGAUAUUUCAUUAAAUACCAAUCCAAUAGUUGUGCUAUCAGAUGAAGAAGAUUUGACUGUCAUGGAAAAUAAACUUUCAAUUUUAGAAGAAAAUGGACCUAAUUUCGAAUUUCAUAGAGGAGAUAUACCUGAGUCAUCUUAUAGAAAGUAAAAGGUGAAAUAACUUAUAGACGUUACAAUUAAAUAAGUAUUUAUUGUUAGUUAUUUUAAAGCUAAUUUAUUAUAGUUAAGUUUUUAAUAUGUAACAGUAAUUAUAAAUUGUAUUUUGUAUAGUAAUAAAUUUAUUUCUUUUGCUACAUAAUUCAAGUACCUUAUUUUAUUUAAUAGUCCUUAUUCAAAUCACAUUUUAAACAACAACAUUCAAUAUGAUUCCUUAACUUUUUACAGGACUCUUGAAAAGAGUAAUAAACGUCCAUUAUUUCUGCAUUUAAUUUUUCUAUCUAAAGCCUUCAUUCUUAUAGUAUACCAUUUUAUAAGAAAAUUUAAAACUUCAUGAACAUAAUAUCAGAAGAUAAAAAAAAAACCGGCUCUAAUAAUGAUAACAUUUUUUUUUACAUGUAUUUCGACAUAUCCCAGGUAUAAUACCGUAACUUAAUCUUAGAGUUUCAAUCAAAGAUUGAAAAUCUGUUUAUUGUCACUAAUGCAGUUCUAAAUAUAUAAAUUUGAUUUCAAAAUUAGCAAAAAAAAAACCAUUUAGACAUCUUUGGUUUGACUGCGGUAUAAAGUUGACAAAAUGGAAUUAUGAUAUUAUCCGUAGGAGGUAUCGAUUUCUAAGGAUGAAAUCAAAUAAAUAGCAGUAAGUUUUACAUAUUUAGACAGCCCUAUAGUACAUUUGGAUACUAGAUACACAUAACCUCACAGAUUUUUCAUUAAAUUAUCGUCUGCUUAUGUGCUGCGAGAAACGAAAAAAUGUAUUUUUCAGUGAAUAUGAUAAUAAUGCAUUCGCACUUUUAUUUACUAGUAAAAACGUAUAUUAAUAUAAAGGCUAUAUUCGACCGUUGUCAGAAUAAUCAACAUGAGAAAGUAACAAUUUAUAUAAAUAAUAUAAACAACAAUAAUCUCAUAUGUGAUAAUCUAAACAAUAUGUAUGAAAGCUAACCCAGGUUAAUUGUGUUGAAUUUAAAUAACUAUCUUUAUAGGAGCUUUAUACUAGGAGUGUAAGUUGAAAUUUGCCGGUUUUUUCGUUACUGAAAACACAUAAUUUUCAGGGGAAUCUCAAAAUAUUGUUAUUCAAAGUAUUGACCAUUUGAUUCUACACAUUUCGCCCAUAUUUUAGGCAAAUCAGGAUACCAUUCCAAAAAUUCUUUUCUCUUUCGAGGAAAACCAUUCGACGAGCCAUUUUUCGACUUCUUCAAAAUUGGC